AUGUUUAGUUCACAUAAACAGCUUAUACGUACUCCAGUGAAAAGCGACGAGAAACCAAAAACCGCUGAGUUUACACCCAUCGGGACUGGAAAUAAAAAUGUCGGGCUGUUGAAUAGGGAAGCUGCUUCAAAGUCUACUCAACAAGAUAAUUUGGAUUCUGAUUCAACAUUUACAAGUAUCGCGAAUGAUGACGGAACAAGCUCCUCGUUUGCAUUCUUAGGUGAUGGACCUAAUCAUUCUAGAAUAUACCGUGGAACAGAUAUCUUUUCAGAUGGUUCAUCAAUAGAUGAAAAUACAAGUUUAGACGAUACUUUACACGAUGAUGCUUCUAAUUUAACCAGAGCAGAGUUGGUCGGGGAUAGAGCUACAUUAGUUAAAAAGCAGUCUGGUGAACUGCAACGACUACGAUCUGAUAACUUUAACCUUAGAGUGGAACUUGUGAGUUUGAAGAAAAGUUUACAAGGCCUUCCCCAUGAUAAGAAGGAUUUGAUUAGUAGAAAUGUAAAGCUUAGCAAAGAGUUAGCUCAUUUGGAAGAGGAAAUUUCUAUAAUAAAGCAAGAAAAGAAGCAGGAACCUCAUAAAAAUGAUGGAGAAAUUGAGAAGAUUCGAAAUGCUUAUGAAUCUAAAGUGAACGAGCUUGAAGAUCGAUUGUCGGAUGCUAAGCGGGAUCUGGAUGUGAUGCAGAAAACUAACGAAGAGUUUGAAAGUAAUAACCAAAAUCUAGAGAACAAGGUUUCUGACAUGAAAUGGCAACUCGAAGAUAUGAAGGCUCAGUUAGAUCACAAAUCAGAUACAUCAAUUGAUAAGGAGGAUAGAAUAAGCGAGUUAGAAAUAGAAUUAACAAAUGCCGAGGAAGAAGCUGAUUCUGUGAGAGAAGUCAAUCACAAACUGGAGCAUGAACUUAAUGAAAUGAAGCAGAAAUUAAAUGACGCUCAAAAUGAAAUAAAACACCCUUCAACUAUUAAUCAUGAGGAUAAGCUAAACGACCAACUAAGAAAGUUAUCCCAGGAAAAUGAUGAGUUGAAGCAUACUAUCGAAAAAGACAGCCGUAAAAUAGAUACUUUGAGCAAAAAGUUAAAAGAUAUCGAGGCUGAAACAUCUGAUGUAAAAUUGCGCAAUCAAGAGCUUGUACACUCAAUAGAUGCGCUUAAGCAGCAUAAGGAAGAGGUCGCCGAUAUUCUAAGAAAUGAAGUGAAAAAUGUCUAUAGCAAAGCAAAUAAAACUGUGGAGGAGAAGGACUCUCUUAGACAUAAACUUAAUGAAAUGCAGAAAGCUCUAGAAAAGGCGCAGGAACAUUACAAAGAUGAUUAUGUCAAGGACAUUGAGGCAGACAGGCAGGACUUAUAUGAUAACUUAAAAAAGUUGAGUCAGCGAUACCAAAGCCUUCAGGACGAGAUGGAUAAUUUAAAGGAAGAACUUAUUCAAAAGGACAGCCAUAUCAAGAAAUUAACCUCUCAUGAAGAUGUAAAUGACCAUACAGAAUUAUAUUUGGAAAAGGCAAGAGCAGAGUUAGAAAAAUUACAACUCAGUCGGGAAAACGAAAAGAAAAAGCACCGUGAAGAACUAGAUGCAAUCAGCGACCAAUAUCAGAAUAAGGAAACGGAUUUAUUGAAUGCCAUUUCCGAUCUCAGAGACCAGAAAUCAGAGUUGGUCGAGGAAUACGAGGGUUUACAAAGAAAAUAUAAUACAUUAAAAAACGAACAUGUGAUUAAUCCUGAUAAUUAUGAUAAACUUCAGCAUGACUUCAUGAGGUUAUCCGAAGAAUAUGGUAAACUGUCUUCUCAAAACGAGCUGUUGGCCGAAGAAUAUUCUACGUACAAGGAUAAUAGCCGAGUGAUGGAAAAGCAGCUUCGAAGGGAUAUUGAGUUCAAAUCAGAUGAGAUAAAAAAGUUACGAGAAGAGCUUUCAUCUUCGAUUUCUAAGAGCGAGGCAGACAGACUAAGAGAUAGCAUUAAAAUCGCCGAAAAGGAAGCUAAGAGCUUUGCUGAAAAGCGAAACAAGCUCGAAAAAGAUAAUGAUGAUUUGAGAGUCAAAAUUGAGGAUCUUAGAAUUUCUAAGAAUUCGUUUCAAAGGCGUCUCGAGUUAUUGCACUCCAAAAAUCUGGAAACAGAUUCUGAAAUGAAUGAACUUGAACGUUUACGUGAUCAGAUUUCUGAAGUUAGUACUGAGAACAGAUCUCUCAAAUCGAGUUUAAAAAAGAGUACAGAUGAGUUGGAAGAACAUAAAGAGAGAUUGGAAAGAUUAAUUCAGGAAAAGAAAUCAUUAGCCAAGAGUAUGAAUGAAUUAGAAUCGAACCAGAAAAGUGCGAUGAUUAAGAAUGAAAAGUUACAGGAUGAUUUAAAGAUGGCUCGCAACCUUCAGAAAUCCAGUAAAUCUGUCUUGCAAGAAAAAAUACAGGAUAAGAAUGAAGAAAUUAAGAAACUCAUAAACGAUUACAAUAAUAUGAAGAAUGAACUUCUAGAUCGAUUCAGUAAGGAGAGAGCAAACAAAAAGCAAAUAGAACAAAAUUUGGAAGAAGCAACUGAUAAGCUUCAAAUGCUCAAGGUCCGUGAAGGAAUGUUAUUGCAAGAGGAGGAGAAAUUACAGGAACAGCUUAAUAAGAGUAAGAGAAUAAAAAGUGCGAGAGUUGAAAAGGAUUACCCGCCAACGCCAAGAACUCCGACGCACGAUAGCAACCAAAAUAAUAUUGAUAUCCCAUUGAUGGAAGCAAGGGUCAAUUUAUUAGAAUCACAGAGAGAUUUAUACCGAUUGAAACUUCAAGAUCUAAAGAACCUUGCUGCUGAUCUGAAAUUUGCGAACGAAUAUCUUGAGAGAGAACUUAGAAGUAAAAAUGUGACAAUCGAUAAAAAUAUUUCACUUUUAAAAGCGACAUUGGAACAAAAGCCAGAUGAAUUGGAUCGUAAUGCUACCAAAUUACCACUGAUUUCUAAAAAGUCGAGGACAUUUGCAGGGGGAGCCCUUGCUGUGUUAGCAAUAAUUCGCCUGAAGCAUAGAUUAGAAGCGCGUAAACGGAGAAAAAUUCAAGAGAGAUUUAUCAAGGACCGAAUAUUACAGCAACAACGAGAUCUAUAA